UGUCCGAGCGGCCCCAGACCCUCCCGGCCCUGGACUGAGACAGCCGCGAGGUCCCGCAGCCCCGACGCCCGUGGGAACGAUGUCAGAUGAGGAAACAACUGUGGUGGAAGAGGAGAUCGAUGAUGACGUCGAUGAUGACGUCGACGCUAAGCCUAACCGGUCCUCAUUCAUCCAUUCAAUUAUCAGUAAGAAAAAGAAGAAUCCCUGUAGGACCUUCGUCGAUAAUGGCCAGGACCAAGAGACUUCACAUCGGUACAGCAUGAACUUUGAGAAGGUGGGCAAGUGCAUCAUCAUAAACAACAAGAACUUCGACAGAAGAACAGAAAUGGACACCCGAAUAGGAACAGACAGAGACGCUGAGGCCCUUCUGAGGUGCUUCCGGAACCUGGGUUUUGAGGUUACUGUCCAUAAUGAUUGCUCCUGUACUGAAAUACAGAAGAUGCUGAAAGAAGUUGCUGAAGAGGACCACAGAAAUUCAGCCUGCUUCGCCUGCAUCAUACUGAGCCACGGAAGAGAAGGUUUGGUUUAUGGAACCGAUGACGUGGUGGCAGUAAAGGACUUGGCAGCCCAUUUUAGAGGAGAUAGAUGCAAAAGCCUUUUAGAGAAACCCAAGCUCUUCUUCAUUCAGGCUUGCCAGGGGAAUGAGUUCGACGACGGUGUCCAGGCCGAUUCGGCGAGUGAAACAGAUUCUGAGCACCAGUACAAGGUCCCUGUGGAAGCUGACUUUCUCUUCGCCUAUUCCACCGUUCCAGGCUACUACUCAUGGCGGAGCCCGGCAUCCGGCUCCUGGUUCAUGCAGUCCCUGUGCGCCAUCCUGAACGAACACGGGAAAAGUCUAGAGCUCAUGCAGUUGCUCACCAGGGUCAACUACAGAGUGGCCAGGCACUUCCAGUCCUUUACCAACGACUCAGCCACAAGCGGGAAGAAGCAGAUUCCAUGCAUCAUGUCCAUGCUCACCAAGGAGCUCUACUUCCCCAAGUGACCACUCGCGCGCACAGCUGACACAGAACAGAUCCUUGGUUGACGAAUCAGGCUUUUGGGAAAUAGCUGUAAAUUCGACGUAUACCAGAUGUUCAAAAUUGAAGGGGAGAUCAUGAAUGAAUUUCUUCAAUUAGUGUUAAUUUCAGGAAAAUUUGUUGAUUUGACAAGGAAAAAAUCUCCAUGGUGCUUGGGGAUUUUAGUGCGCGCGUGUGUGUGUGUGUGUGUGUGUGUGUUUACAGUGCUACAGGCUUGAUGCUGUUAUAAUUUUCUCAUUGUAUUUCCUUCUCCUUCUUGUCCCACUCUUACAACAGUUAUAACCUCUUCAGAUGACUCCUGGUGGUGUCCCCUGUGGGUGGUAAUGACAUCGGUAUACAGUGUCUGUGUCUGGCAAAGAGAACACCGGUGGGGCCUUGACAGAAAAUAGCUUGUGUUUACCUGUAUUGCCAAAGGUGGUUAUUGAGUGUGAUGUCAGCAGUUUUUUGUCGACCUAGGGAAGGUUCUCAUGCAUAAAUUCCCAUAUAAGUUGGGGGACAGGAAGAAAGUAAGGAUUCAAAUAUGUAUGAGUCAGAAUCCAGUUAGGAAAACAGGAACCAUUCUAGUUGUUUUAAUAGAAGGAACUGAAUAAAGGGAUUGACUCAGAGAUGAUAGAAGAGAAGCCAAGUAAAUGGAAGCAGUUGCUACCUAGGGCUUUGAAGAGGUCCAGAAUCUGGAGUCCUUCACAGGAGCUAGAACCGUUCUAGGGAAAAGCUAUGGCUGAAUAUGAGGCAAGGCCUGUGAGUCCCACACAGAGGAAAACCUCUCCUGUGCCUUUCCUUCUGCGCUCAAAUCUUCCCAUGAAUAUGAAUAUAGGAAGUCAUACGCCUCAACUUACCACAAUUCAUCUCCAUUCCGCCAUUCAUUCAUCAAAGUGUCAGAUAAACGGUGCGUUACCUGCCAGGUACAAAAUAAUCUGUUAGCUUUUGAAUGGACUGGAAACUUUUUAGAUUAUUUCGAGCCUUAUUCUCAGUAAAUUUCUUGUUGUUUCCUAUAAAUGGGGGAUAGUUUUUUUUUUUUUACUUUCUUUACAAGGUGGUACUGUCUUUUGAAUUCUGGGUAAAUAACUGUUUUAUUCUGUCUAGUAACUGGUUAACAAAUGUUCAAAUUUAUUG